AUGAAAUUAUUAAUUAAUAAGAUCCUUAUAAGAGAUUUUAAGAGUGAAAUUAAAAAUUUUUCAAUUUCAUUUCUAAAGCAUUUUGAUGUUUUCCAAGAAUUAACUAUCUUUUUCACAAAAAUGUCAUCGCUUAGGUCUUCAAGAGAAUCCAAAAAUAAAGAGAAAUUCUUUGAAUCAAAAUAUAAAGUCGACAAAUUUAGUCGGCAAGGCUCUAAUGACAGACUAAACGAUUUUAAGCAAAAAUUGGAAUUAUCAUUUAAAAGCCAAAAAUCAAGCCAAAGCAAUUGAAAAGCUUUUCGUAGUGAAAUAAAGCCAAAACCAAUAGCCUCAUCAUCUUUGAUUCCAAGUCUUUCUCAUUAUCAAGAUAUAUCGCACUUUAGGCCUACAACUCCAACUUCACCUAAGCCUGGAUCCCCAUUAUUUAGGAUAAAACCUCAAAUUGAUGAAUUUUUCAGAGGCUUAAAUGCUUCAAGAUCUACCAGUCCAAUUAUUGUAUCACCCAAAGCCAGAAGUCCAUGAGUAAAUCUAAAUUUGAAUAAAAAGUCCCUUCAAGAAGCUCUUAGAAUAGAAAACUUACGAAAAGGCAUUGAGAUUUUGGAAGAAAUGAACGAUCAAGAUUUUAGAAGGCUACCUUCAAGCUACACGCAAGAUCUAUCAAAAUUUUGUAGAAAAGCAUUAAAUAAAGUAAAAGGAUUUGACUUUUAA